AUGAACACAUUGCUUUGUGCUCCCAUUCAGACCCAGAUGCAACAGAGAGAGAUUUCAGUUACAGAACACAACCAUGAAAGGAAACAUGCAAAUGACCAAACAGUCAUCUUUUCAGAUGAAAACCAGAUGGACCUAACAACAAGUCACACCAUAAUGAUUACCAAAGGCCUUUUAGGUUGUCCUAAAAGUGAAAAGUCCACUAAGAUAGAUACCACAUCAUUUCUGGCUAACUUAAAGCUCCAUACUAAGGAUUCAAGAAUGAAAAAAGAAUUAAAUUUUUCCACGGAUCAAAGCACUUCUUCAGAAAAGAAAAUAAAUUUUAAUGACUUCAUAAAAAGAUUGAAAAUGGGAAAAUCUAAUGCCUCUCUAACAGGACCUGAUAAAGAAAAUUUCGAGAUAUCUAUUCAUCCCAAAGAAUCAAAUAGGGACUCUUUUGUACAUCAAAUGCAUGUAUCUCUUAGGGUAGAUGAAAAUAGUAAUAAUAUGACUAGAAUCUUUAGAGAACAAGAUGAUGGGAUGAAUUUCACCCAGUGUCAUACAGCCAAUAUUCAGACUUUGGUUCCCACAUCCAGUGAGGUCAGCUUAAGGGAAUUUAAAGGUGAUGAUAUUACUAUUUAUGGCAAUGAUUUUAUGGACUUGACAAGUAAUCACACUAUACAGAAUUUACCCUCAUCAGAUAAUUUAUCUAAUAUAGAAAAUCAAACUCAGAAUGUCAUGAUGGAGGUUAUGACAGAUUAUGGAACUAAAGCUCCAGGAAGGAAGACAGUCUUUAAGAAUAAACCAAAUGCUGCUUUUCAAGACCCUUCUUUAAACCCUAAUGGUGAAAUACAUAUUACCAAAAGUUGUAUUACCGGGACAGAAACUCACACAGGCACACAGACUUCUAACCAAGAUGCCAGAACAUUGGCCAUAAUCCCAGAAUCUAUAUGUUCCAGCCCAGCGACUCAAAAUUAUAAGACAUUUUUCUAUUCUAAUAGUAAUGAUGCCAUGGAACUGACCAAGUGUCUCUCAGUUAUGAGAGAAGAGAAGAAUUUGCUGAAGAAUGAUAGUAAUUAUUCUAAAAUGUAUCCCAAUCUAGAUGCCAUCUCUCUUCUCACAGAGAAAACUAUUUAUUCAGGAGAGGAUAGCAUGGACAUUACCAGGAGUCAUACAGUUGCAAUAGAUAAUCAGAUUUUUAAGCAAGAUCAGACAAAUAUACAGAGAGCAGACACACCAAUAUCUGAAAAAGAAAUGAUGCUCCAAAAUCUCAUAACCAUGUCAGAGGAUGGGGAAAUGAAUAUAAAUUGUAGCUUAGUUCCUCAUGUAUCUAAGGGAAGAUUACAGCAGAGCCUGGCAAAUUCUUUAUCUAUUUCAUUGACUGACAAAAAGACUGAAAUCUUCACGGGUGAAGAUAUGGAUUUGACUAAAAGUCACACAACUAACUUACAAAGUCAAGCUCCUCUUGCAUCUUACAAUCUAAUAUUUGAGAAUACCAGUAAAUUUCACUCUCACAGCAAAAGCCCUUCAGAUGAAUGGGAAGAAAUGACCAAAAGUCAUAUUGAACCAUCCCAGCAGCCAAACAUAAUAUCUAAAAACAUUCCAACUGACAUGUGGGGCAAAGAAAAAGAUCAAGUUUUAAAGACUGCACCCUAUCUUGAUAAAGAUUCUCCUCAGUCAGCUGAUAUUAAUCAAGACAUAGCACUGAGCCAUAGUAUAGUAUACUCUGGUGGAAAUCUUAAGAAACAAAUAGCACUGGGAAACAAUAGAAAUACAGUUUCAUGUGAGCCAUCUUUCUUUCCUACCACAGAGUCACUAUUUUCAUUAGAAGGACAGUCUACCAUGAAAAAUCAUAAUACUACUGUUAACAGUUACACAGAGAAACCUGUAUCAGGCCAGAAUUCUGAACUGCCUGAGCCACUGAGGAAAAGUGUAGGCAAUCCCACACCUGGCUGUUCCCAUAACAAAACAAUUAUUUGUUCAGAGGAGGAACAAAAUAUGGAUCUAACCAAGAGUCACACUGUUGUCAUUGGAUUUGGUCCUUCUGAAGUACAAGAAUUGGGUAAAACUAAUUUAGAAAAUUCUAACAGCCAGCUAACAACAGUAGACAGACAGAUAACUGUAAAAGUUGAAAAAUGUAAUAAAAUUCCUACAGAAAAAACUGGAGCAUUUAUUUCUAAUGAUAACAUAGAUGUGUUAGAAGACAAAAGCAUACAAAAACUUGGAUUUCUGAAUGAAAAGCAAGAUGUCAAAAUUUGUGGAAGGAAAAGUGUUGGCAGACAAAAAAUUGAUAAGACUAUUGUAUUUUCAGAAGAUAAUGAGAAUGAUAUGGAUAUCACUAAGAGUUAUACAGUGGAAAUAAAUCAUAAAGCUUUAUUACAUGAACAAGAUUCCCAUUUGGCUGGAAAUUCUAAGACUGUUUUGUAUACAUGUGGGCAAGAUGACAUGGAGGUCACUAAAAGUCACACAACUGCCUUAGACUGUAAAACUGUUUCACCAGAUAAAAUAACCACUAGGCCAAUGGACAAAACUGUAAUGUUUGUAGAUAAUUGCAAUGAACUGGAAAUGACAGAGUCCCAUACUGUUUUCAUUGACUACCAAGCAAAGGAGAGGACUGUGCUUACAGACAGACUUGACUUUGAACUAUACAAAAGGAAAAGCCUAGAAAAGCCAAAACUGACACCUGCUUCUGCUAAGGAGAAUGUUUCCUUUCCAGAGAAUGGUGAAAGUGACCAUUCAGCAAAAGUCAACGAGCUAACACUACUGAGGGGAUGGUCUAACAAUGGUCCUAUAGAGAAAGCUGUAGGAUUUAUAGCUGGUGAUAACAUGGAAGUAUCUAAAUCAACCUUUUGGAAAAAUGAUGAUGUACAAAAACCAGAAUUUCUGAAUGAAACUAUAUCAGGCAAAAGUCAGAGAAGGAAAAGCCUUAGACUCAAAAAUGACAAGACUGCUGCAUUUUCCAAAAAUGAUAAAAAUGAUAUGGAUAUCACCCAGAGCUAUACAGUGGAAAUAAACAAAACUGCCCUGGAAGAUAGAGAGGAUUCCCAUUUGGUGCCUUUGGCAGGAACUUCUAAAACUGUUUUGUAUAUAUAUGGGCAAGAUGACAUGGAGAUGACUAGAAGUCACACAACUGCCUUAGAAUGUAAAACUGUCUCACCAGAUAAAAAAACUACCAGGCCAAUAGACAAAACUCUAAUGUUUGUAGAUAAUCAUGAUGAUCUGGAAGUCACCAAGUCCCAUACUGUUUUCAUUGAUUGUCAAGACACAGAGAAAAGUCUUAAAGAAUGCCCUAAAUCUGGAAUAGCUAAUGGAAAAAUUUGGGGUAUUUCUUUUCAUAAUGAUGGUAGCUCUGUUCAAGAAGUCAUUGAAAAACAAGCACCGGCUGUAGAAAACAAAAUUGUUCUUUACACUAAGCAAAAGCAUCAUGUGAUACCCUCUGUUCCUACUAAUACAUUGUCUAGGGGUCAAAGUGAGUUAGAAGUUAUCAAAUUCAAUAGCACUGUAGAUGAAGAGGUCAUGGGGAAAGUUGUAGACCAGGCCUAUACACUGGAAAAAGCAAAAAUUGUAAGCUGUCAGUUAAAUAGUACAGAUAGAAGAGACAUGGAUUUUACAAAUAGUCAUGCAAUUGCUGUGUGUGGAUCCAGUGAUAAUUAUUCCUGUUUACCAAAUGCUGUUUCCUGUUUUGAUAAUUUGGAGGGGAAUGUCAUGUCCUUAGGUGAUAAAGAUGAGAAAGCCAGUAACUGUCCAGUGCAAAAUGAUCUUAUUUAUGUAAACAAUUUAGCCAAUGAAUAUUACUUGAAAUCUGAGGGACUGCCUCUCUCUGCUUCUUGUUCUUUGUUAGAAAAGGAAAAAGUGACUCAAACCAAUACCAAAGGACAGUCAGACUGUGUUACAACAGUGCUCAAAGAUCAAGAUCUGAUUAAGGAGCCCCAAAAUUUAAUAGCUAAUCAAACUUUAUUAUAUAGUCAAGAUCUGGGGGAGAUAACUAAACCUAAUUCAAAGCAAGUAUCUUUUAAGCUCCCAGAGGAUCAAAUGGAGGGCUUUGUUGAUAAGGCAGAACAUAAUUUAAAGAUGACCUUUGUUGAUGUUUGUGUUACUUCUCAGCCUCAUCUCUCAAGCCAGCUACCUCCAUUACCUCAACAAGGACAGAUAAUUGUGAAUAAAGAUGAGACUAUAUCAUCGAAUGCUGGAAAUAAGAAUUUAAAUAUUGUUAUAGGAAAUCCCUCUGUACCCACAUGUGAAAAUGAGUCCAAAAUGCUCAACAAUGACAAACAGUUUACUAUAGCCUGUACAAAGGAGCCAAGAAAAAAUAUUCAGACAGCUAAAUGUAAUACAGAUUUCCACAGUAAUUCAGACUUGACUAAGCAAGUUAUUCAAACUCGUGCUAAUUCUAGAGAAACAUCAGAUCCUGCAAUUGCAUCUAAUACUGCAAGUUUUAGUAGUGUCAGAUCAAAUCUGAAUAAUUUGAAUGGAAAACCUAAAGAAUUUUUAGAUUUCCAAACUCCUCAUAUACCACCUUCUCCAGAACAAUUAUUUGCAUUAGUAAAUAAGGCACACAAUCAUAUGAGUAUAGUGCAAGCUACAGAAAUACAUAAUAUUAACACAGUGCCCAGCAAUGUUGAAGAUGAUAGAGAUGAAAAAAGUAAAAUUUCUCAUAAUGGAGCUGAAACUAAUUCUGUACCACUCGUGACAGUUGUAAAAGAUAAAAUGAGGAGAUGUUCUUUGGGAAUAUUUUUGCCCAGAUUGCCAAACAAGAGAAAUUGUAGUGUCACUGGUAUUAAUGACCUGAAGCAGAUUCAAGCAGAAACAACUGAUUUAAAUCAUUUAGAAGCUCAACCAGUCUUCAGUAAGGAGUCAAGCAUUGAAUUUGUUGCAGCUAAACUGACCUUAAGUCCAUCUCAAUAUAUAAAUGAGGAAAACCUUCCUGUAUAUCCUGGUGAGAUUAAUUCCUCAGAUUCUAUUACUAUAGAAUCUGAGGAAAAGGCUUUGAUUAAGACAUAUCAAAAAGAGAUUUCACCAUCUGAAAAUAAAAUAAGAGAAACCUACAGUAGCCAAAAAAGGACCUGGGUACAAGAUGAAGAGGAUAUUCAGAAUGAGAAGAAAAUCAGGAAAAGUGAGAUUAGGUUUAGUGAUACUGCACAAGAUCAGGAGAUUUUUGAUCACCAUGCUGACGGGGAUAUAGAUAAAAAUACUAACAGUGUUUUGAUAAAAAGCCUGAGCAGAACACCAUCUAGUUGCAGCAGUUCUCUUGAUUCGAUCAAGGCCGAUGGGACCUCUCUGGACUUCAGCACACAGCACAAUAGUCAAAUGGAACCAUCACAGUUUCUUGGAGACACUAUUUGUGAAGAGAGCUUGAAGGAGAAACUCAAAGAUGGGAAAAUUACAAUAAAGGAGUUCUUUAUACUUCUUCAGGUCCACAUUUUGAUACAGAAACCCCGACAGAGCAAUCUCCCAGCCAAAUUUACUAUAAACACACCACCUACUCCAGAAGACCUGAUGUUAAGUCAGUAUGUUUACCGACCCAAGAUACAGAUUUAUAGAGAAGAUUGUGAGACUCUUCGCCAAAAAAUUGAAGAAUUAAAGCUUUCUGCAUUGAACCAGGAUAAACUGUUGACUGAUGUAAAUAGGAACCUGUGGGAAAAAAUGAGACACUGCUCUGAUGAGGAGCUGAAGGUCUUUGGAAUUUACCUAAACAAAAUAAAAUCACGUUUUACAAAGAUGACUAAAGUCUUCACUCACCAAGGAAAAGUGGCUCUCUACAGCAAACUGGUACAGUCAGCUCAGAAUGAGAGGGAGAAACUUCAGAUAAGGAUAGAUGAGAUGGACAACAUACUUAAGAAGAUUGAGAACUGUCUCACUGAGGUUGAAAUAGUUGGUCUCCUUUUCCUGGACAAGGCUUAUAGGAAGAUUGUUGACCUGAAUUUUCAAUCUCUGUUAGAUGAGGAUAAAGCUCCUCCUUCCUCCCUUUUAGUUCAUAAGCUUAUUUUUCAGUACAUUGAGGAACAGGAAUCCUGGAAGAAGAAAUGUACAACACAGCAUCAAGUACCCAAGAUGCUUCAAGAAAUCUCAAUGGUAGUGAGCCAUUGUAGACUCCUUGGAGAGGAAAUUGAGUUUUUAAAGAGAUGGGGACCAAAUUAUAACCUAAUGAACAUAGAUGUGACUAAUACUGAAUUGAGGCUUUUAUUCUCCAGCUCUACAGCAUUUGCAAAAUUUGAGAUAACUUUGCCUCUCUCAGUCCAUUUUCCAACUGUCCCAUUACCUUUCUCCAUUCAAAAUCACCUUGGAAACAUUGGCCACGAUGAAAUCACUGCAAUUCUAUCUAAAGUACCACUGGAGGACAACUACCUAAAGAAUGUAGUCAAGCAAAUUUACCAAGAUCUGCUUCAGGACUGCCAUUUCUAUAGCUGUAACAACCAAGCACAGUGCACUUCCUAAUGAUACUAUGUCAGAGUAUCCAUUGCUAUUUAAUCUUUGUCUUUAGGUCAUAGAAUGAAGCCUAAUAAAAUUCCUUCUGAUGAUGUUAUAGUUAAUUUGUAUGGUUAGUUUUUAAAUUUCUGCAGUCAGGAACAAUGGACAGCCUCAAAUACCAUAUUAUCAACCUGCUCCUCUUUUUACAAAAGGUUUAAAUAGUAGAACACUUAGGGGGAAAUUUCUUCUAAUUAAAGUUGUGCUCUCUGCUAUAGGGCAAGCCCUGAGAAGUAACAUUAAGUAUAAGAGGAGCUGUCACCUCUGACAAAAACAUUAGCCAUUUCCUCAUAUAUAGAACUAUGAUUUUCAAGUUGCCUGGCUUCUGCCUAGCAGGUAUUUCUGGAAUAGAGAUCUAUCUUUCUACAAACUUUUCAUCCUUCUUUUUCUCCAUUGCAGAAAUAUUAAGAAAAAAACAGUAGCACUCAGCUAUUCAAAUGGUUGCCAUCUUUUCUUGAGGGCCUUGCCUUCUUUUAUUAUAUAAUGUCUAUUAAUGUUUUCUUAAGUAUAAUUUUAUAGAGAAAGUUAAUUCAUUUUGGCCCAGUACAUAUAUGUAAAUAUAUUAAUUUUCUUGUAUGUUUGUGAUGUGUAGGGAGAUAUAUAUAGAAAUACAUAGAGCUGUAUAGAGAGAUACUCUUCUGUCUGGACAGUUUCCAUCUUUCUGAAGGAUGCUUUGCAGCAAGAUUCUCGGUCUCUUUCUAUUAAAUAAUUGUACUUCAAACAAUGUAUCACAUUCAAAACCACCAAUUUUGUCAAGUUCUGGCAGUAGUAAUGGAUUUAAUGUGAGUAUUGGUUUUUGAAGCCACACCCUUCUCAUAAAAAAAAAUAAGCAUAUCCACUGAUGCUGAAUGAUCGGUAUUAUCUGUGAGAUAGAUAAGUAUGAGAAAACUUUUACCCAAACUUUAGUCAAAUCCUAAUCAUGGUAAUUUUUGUUUCUUUUAUAUUUAAUUCUAAACUAAAGUAUAUUGCAUUUUUAAACUAAUUCAUCUAAAAUUUUGCUUUAUACUUUAGGAUCUGGUUAAAGUCCUAUGGGUCUCAUGAAUAUUAUCUUCGCUCUUGAAUUGGCUUUUACUUCUGAGCUAUUGGUGAAAAAGAUGACAUGGUCUUUUAAGCUUUGAAAGUCAACAUAAAAUUCAUUUUUCAUAAAAAUCAGGAUGUAAACGUUCUUUAUUUCUGUGAACUCCUUGAAAAAUUUUUAAAGUCACCAAUAUGGUCUGUUUUCCAUGAAACUUAAAUUAGUUUUCUUACUGGAGUUAUUUCUUUUCUAUAAACCUGAAAAGUAGAGGUUUUGUUUUAUGCAUUUUGGUAACCUGGAAUGGACCAACUCCAAGAAUGAUUUGGCUUGUAAUUAUGAUCUCUGCUUCCUGGGUUUGGCUACAUAAUUGUAAUAUUUAAUUAUUUGCAUUUGUAUUUGUUCAAAGGAUUGGCUAUUUUUAUAAAAUUUUUUGGAAGUUGUUCCUUCACUGAUUAGAAGCAGGUUGGUUUUUGCACUAUUAAAAUAAGUUUAUUAUAUGAAA